AUGGGGCCUUACAAUGGUCUAAUUGUCCUGUCUGAUGAUGAACACGUUGUCUUACUGAAUCCAUCCACUAGGAAAUACACCCUGCUUCAACCCAGUCCAUUUGAAAUAUGCCCUCCAGGGUUCGACCAUUAUAUUCGUGGUCUAGGUUGUGGCAUUGACUUGACGAUGAAUGACUAUAAAUUUGUUAGGAAUAAUGAAAUUUCUUCAGAUCCUUCCAAGGAUCCUUGCAUGAGAGGGAACAAAGUUGAGGUUUAUGAGUUGAACAUUGAUGCAUGGAGAGAAGAGUACUAUGAAGAGGAAAAGUUGCCCUCUGUGAAUUGGUCUCCUUGUUCGGAAUUAUUUUACAAGGGAGUAUGUCAUUGGUUUGCAAGUGGAGAUGGAGAGCACCAUGCUGCAACUCUUGCAAUUAAAGGGUUGUUUGGUGGUUUUUCUCAUGAGGAUCCACAUGAGCAUAUCAGAAAUUUUGUUGAUAUUUGUAGGCCGUUCUCCUUCAAGAACAUAUCCCAAGAGUCAGUCUGGUUGAAGUUGUUCACGUUUUCUCUAAGUGGAGAAGCGCGCAAGUGGUUAUCUGAAAUACCAAUAGCCUCCAUCACUUCAUGGGAAGAUAUUAUCACUGUAUUUCAAAUGCGAUUUUUCCCUCCUUUGAAAAUAAUGAUACUUCAGGACAAUAUUCAAAGCUUCAAGCGUCUAGCAGCGAGCCAAUCCAUGAGAUUUGGAUACAAUUUAGGAUGUUGA